AUGCCGGACUGGAGAGACGAAUACCUGACAUCUCUCAACGAUGUCGAGCUUCACAACCCCGUGAAUAUGGAACUUAUGCAGACGUGUUCACAAAUGGCUGAUCGAUUAUCUGCAUUGGAGGCGGAAAAGGCAUUCUUGGAAACUCGUCUCUCAAAGUCCAACUCUGGUGACAUCAGCAUGGGCUCAAAACCCGGGGCUUCGCCAGCAGCUGAUGAUCCCGGAGUGACGCAACUACGUCUAGACCUGGCAGAAUCUCUCCGGUCCAAGGGCGUCGCGGAAAAUCGGUUGCGCGUAGCGGAAGAGGAGCUUGCCAAACUGCAGUCCAAGUCCAAGGAUGACUAUCGUUCAAUCAAGGAGAUGACCACGGAGAGAAACACGCUCAGAACCAGGCUCAAAGACCGAGAGCACGAGCUUCGGGAGAAACGAAAGUUGCUCGAGCAAGUACAAGAUGAAAUGAUUACUCUGAACCUUCAAGUGUCAAUGGCCGAGAAAGAGAGAGACAGAGUGAAGAAGGAAAACAAGGAAUUGGUCGACCGAUGGAUGAAGCGCAUGGCACAGGAAGCUGACGCCAUGAAUCUCGCCAACGAACCAUUAUUCGACAAAUAA